AUGCCCGUUGCUCUCCGUUGUGUUCUUUCUUCCUCCUACCACCAGGCGUUGCUGUAUCUGCCGGCCAGUAUAAGCGCGAACAAUAUGGCACGCGGAUUGCUUAGAGCGUACGUUGGAUUGGAUGGCUUUGGCAAAACAUUGGAGGAUGUCAAAGUCAGAACUCGAACAGGUGGAUUCCUCACCCUCAUUUCGAUGGGAAUAAUUCUCAUAUUCACCAUUAUUGAGAUUAUUGACUAUCGACGAAUUGGAAUGGCCUCGGAUAUUAUCGUCGAUGUGUCCCGUGGUGAACAGAUCUCUGUUAACAUGAACAUCACAUUCCCUCGUGUCCCAUGCUACCUCCUCUCUCUGGACAUCACUGACGUUUCGGGUGAUAUUCAACAAGACGUGAGCCAUCACAUACUCAAAACUCGCCUCGAACCUUCUGGUGCAAUGAUUCACGAGAACACACUCAACUAUCGAAUUAAAAGUGAGGUCGAACAUACCUUAUUAAAUAGACCCAAGGGCUAUUGUGGAUCUUGCUAUGGUGGCGAGGAGCCCGAAGGUGGAUGUUGCCAGACAUGUGAGAGUGUCAGGCAGGCAUAUCUCACCAAGGGAUGGAGCUUCGACGACCCGAACAUGAUCGAGCAGUGUGUGGCCGAACAUUGGACAACUUACAUUCACGAACAAAAUACUGAAGGGUGCCGCCUUUCUGGUCGAGUUCGUAUCAAUAAAGUCACUGGAAACUUCCACUUCUCUCCCGGUCGUUCGUUCCUCUCACAACGGGGCCAUGCUUACGACCUCGUACCAUACCUUAAGGAUGGUAAUCACCACGACUUUGGCCAUUAUAUUCACGAGUUCCACUUCGAGGGGGAUCGAGAGAUUGAAGAUCGGUGGAGGGAAGGAAAUCGUGGUACCGAGUGGAGAGCGCGAGUCGGGUCAGAUAAACAACCAUUGGACGGAGUACAGGCGCAUGUAUCUCAAUACCGAUCGGGCAACUAUGAUCCCGAGCAACCUUCGAACUGGAUGUUCCAGUAUUUCCUCAAGGUGGUGUCGACCGAGGUUAGACACCUUGAUGGAGAUCUAGUCCGUGCGCACCAGUAUUCGGUCACAAAUUAUGAACGAGAUAUCCGACCAGGCCAUGAAUUCGAUCCUCUCCGUGAUGCCAACGGCAUCAAAACCGCUCAUGGGUACGAAGGUCUACCCGGAGCAUUUUUCCAUUAUGAGAUCUCGCCAAUGUUGGUCGUUCAUACAGAGACCAAAAAGAGUUUCGCUCAUUUGGUGACUUCUCUGUGCGCGAUCGUUGGGGGUGUAUUGACUCUUGCGUCCAUUGCCGAUUCGGUGGCGUUUGCGUCCUUGAACAAAAUAGAAGAAACAAACGGACACGGGUCAACUAAUGGAAACUACAUGUGA